UGUGUGGCAGAUAUUUAUUUCGAAUCGUCCUACUAAAGGCUGUCAUCUCCUGGUGUAACUACUACCCGGUUAAACUCAUAUGUGACGCAACUGGAGAGAGAUUUGACCGCUUAUUUUAUACGCAAUGCACGUCGGUCUGUAGGGUAGCACAUUUUUUCGAAAGAAUUGAAAUUGCGUCGUCUUCUGGAAAUUCCUAAUUGCCUUCUACUAAGUGCGUCUCCAAUUCGCAACAUUUCUCCAGUAAGACGCUCGAUGAUUCAACCAAGACGCCUUGGACUGUUUCAUUCGCAGAAUCAACUGGAGUGAGGUCCCAUGGUUGGCGCAUUGUCACUUCAUUACUGUCAAAUCUAGUCGUUUAGUCGUUACAAAUUAUCUAAACAUCCGAUACGAUAAAGACAGAUCUGGGGAUAACUUGCAAAACGACGGAAUCAGGCAAACCCACUUAAGCGUACCACCGUAAAACAAAGUUUAAAACAGACAAAAUCGCUGAGCAUAAAGCCUUUGUAUGAAAGACGUUCAGCGUUGUUACAGCGAAGAUAGAUCAUGGAGGACCACGAAAGCGGCUCCGAGCAGCCCAAGUCACAGCUGUCUAGCCGGGCGAAUGCAUUUUCCAUCGAGGCACUCAUGGCUGGUAGUAAGACCAGGACUACGGAGGCGAUCAGCGAGCCGCGGCAGUCGGCGCAGAACCACUCAGGUUACUUGCAGCUGGUACCAACUCCCAUUUCACCCUAUAGCCGUGUCGCUCAGCAAGGGUCUGCACAAAGUGCUCCAUCAAGCCCUACUCCGCACGGCACUGUGACGGCAGCCACACUGCCCCACCGUCCGGCGUUCACUUUGGACCCAUCGCGCUCGCCGCUUGAUCCCGGGAUCCAACUGCAUCGAUGA